UGAGGUCCGUAUUGGCUGUUUUCUUUCAUAAGGUUCCCGAAGAACUCAGAGAUUUAGAAUAUUGGGUUACAGUGUGGCAAAAUGGCGACUGUCAUUCAGAAUCCACUGAAAGCGCUCGGUGAUCAGUUCUAUAGGGACGCCAUUGAGCACUGCCGCAGCUACAACGCCCGCUUAUGUGCUGAGCGCAGCGUACGCAUGCCAUUCCUGGACUCUCAGACGGGGGUAGCUCAGAACAACUGUUACAUCUGGAUGGAGAAACGACACAGAGGGCCAGGGUUGGCAGCGGGUCAGAUGUACUCCUACCCAGCACGCUGCUGGAGAAAGAAGCGGCGACUGCACCAGCCACUCGACCCUCAGCUUCGACUUUGUGAACUCAGACUAGAGGCCGAGUUGAUGGCCAAAAGAGAAGCCCCGCCCACAGAGGCCACAGCGCUGGAGGCACUUCUAAGGGGUGAUGGGCUCCUGGACAAAAGAAACAGCAACUCUAAAGAUGAAGAAACAUUGCUGGAAAUCCAGAGGGUGCUCGAGGCAGACGAAAAUGGGGACGGUUUCCAUGACGAUGAGGAUUUUGAAGUGGACACACCAAAGAGGAAGCAUCGAAACAAAGGCAGGGGUCGAGGCUCUGGACGCAGGCGAACAGAAGCAGUGGCCAACGAUGAUCAAGAUAAACCUUAUGUUUGUGACAACAGAUACAAACAAAAGCAUAAUUCAAAAACUACUGACUCAGUUUGUGGAAAGCGUUACAAAAACCGCCCAGGACUAAGCUACCAUUACGCACACACUCACCUUGCCGAAGAGGAGGGAGGAGAAGAGCGAGAAACUGAAUUACCCCAAUCUCCUCCUGUUCACAUCCACCCUGAGAACCACAAACCACAGAAAGGGCCUGACGGAGCGAUCAUCCCCAAUGACUACUGUGAUUUCUGUCUCGGAGACUCGGGCUCAAAUAGGAAGACAGGCCAGGCUGAAGACCUGGUUUCCUGCUCGGACUGUGGCCGCUCUGACGUGUGGCAGCGUAAACUGGCACAAACACGCUUCACGCAACCUGUCAUCCAUGCUGUGGUAGCUGCUGAGUGCUGCUACUCCAAAUGUCAGCCUGCAAGUCUUUCACUGGAUUUUGUUACUGAAAACCAUUAAACAUUUUACCUUUUAUGAAAUACUCUGGUUCAUUUUGUUUCAGGGUCAAAUAUGGGACAUGGAAGUCAGUGGAAGUUUAGUCCAGUAUUGUUUUUAUAAUAAAAUUAUAUAUUUGUAAUAUUCUUUGAACCUUAAAUUUGUAUUUGAUUAAAAUCGUGUUGUGCUUAUUUUAUUCAAAUACACUGCAACAGAUUUGACAUUUUGUCAUAUAUUAUUGGCUAUUUGACAGAUGAACUGUUAAUGUGUCCUAUGGUGUGACGGCACAAAUUUAGUAAACAAACUGUUAAUUGCAUAUCAUUUUGUAUGAUUUAUAUUAAUACUAAUAAAAAGCAUGAGAGAGAUUUAUCUUCAUACAGUUUUUUUUUCAAUUUUUUUCUGUCACGCCGUAUUACACAUGUAUGUUUUUUUUUGUCAACUACCCUUAUAGAUUUCUGUGCCCAAAAAAUACAAAUAAACAAAUAAAGUUGUUUAACUUAAAUUUAAAAGCAAAUAAGUUAAUAAAUGUAGAAUGCUGGAACUAUUCCAUUUCAUUAAGUGCUGUGAAAGGAUUGUGAUCGCAUCCAGAAUGUGUUUAAAUAAUGUGUUUGAGGCCUGUGCAUAUUCAUUUUGUAUUUUUAUUAACAUACACGUAUGCAUAUUUAGGAAAUAUUGAUAUGUAAUUUUCAUAUUUUCCAGUAAUUUAAAUUAUAUAUAAAUGUUCAUUCAUUUUUUUAUAUUUUAUAUUCUUAAAUUUAUACAUGUAUGUGAAUGUUUUUAUAAAUACAAAAAGAAUACGCACAGGACACAGACAUUAAGUAUGUUAACACAAACUUUUAUUCUUGAUGCGAUUAAUCCUUUGAAUUCAUAUUGACGCUUCAAGUUUAUUGUCUAAACUCAGUCACAUUUCCAAGUGCUUACAGGAGAUUAAAACCCUCCUUGAAUGUGCCGUAUUAAGACAAAAGAUGCAUUUUUAAAUUUUAGCAUAAUGCACACAGCAUGUUCAGCAUGUAAAAAACAGAGACUGAUCUGCAAAGAAGAGAAAGGCAGCAGGGCAUACGAAACUCCCUGAAGUGAGCGAGCUCCGCAUAACAGCUGACUGCAAGCCAGAGCCCUUCCUGCUUUCCAGACUGGGAGGACUGCACAUGCUUUACUGGGCAUCCAAGCAAGAGGAGCCUGCUGUUCUCACAGUCUCAAUGAGGAUAUGAGAAGGCAGAGGAACUGACACCUCACAAUGAAACAAAGAGAGAGAUAGGUUACACAACCAUCGGCCAUGUUGCAAACCUGUGCUAAAACGAUCAUGUCUGUGUGUGGAGGAGAGAGCAGGUAGAGGUGUUUAGAGGGACCUGUGGUUUAUUCCUCCCAAUUAUUCUAUUAUGUGAAGUGUACAAUCACUUGUCCAUUCACGUGCCGUUCUUUAUUAACCUAUCCGUUCAUCAUCCAUCCAUUUACUGUUGAGAAUAACAAUCUAUAUAUCUAUCUGAGGUGACGAUACUGGGUUCACAAUAUGAACUAUAAUUCAAACAGAUUUCUAAAACAUAACCAUUUUUAAUAACAUUUUUGUUUUGGAUUAAAAUUUAAUGUAAAAUAGACUAAAUCUAAGGUUUAAUGUUGUCUUCUGUAUGUGAAAUUAAUAAAGAUGUAAUAGGAAACAACACAUUUUUCAAAUAAAAUAUAUAUUUAAUCUUUUAAAACAAGUAUCAUUACG